AACCAAGAUAUAUCUCCCAGAAUUCCUUCUGUCCACCGGAAGUGAGCACAUAGCCGAAUUUUGCCAGCAAUUUUUUCGGGGUUUAUUUUCAAUUCAGUCGCUUGCCCAGUCAACCGUGAAGCACACACGGUUAUAUGAGGCCUUCUUUGGAUGUGCACGUUCAACCUCAAUGUCUAUUUAUGCCCGAUAAAGACUUCUUAAUGUUGAUUUCACACGAACACACUCGUUUCUGAGUUGAAAUCGAUUUCGUGUGCUAGAUCGUUGAACUGAUCACUUUUAAAAGAGGACGACUUCUUUACUGCCAUGGGACGAAURUCUAAAUCUUGUGCGUCAAACGCCAAGUGAUUUUUCCGGAAUCGUGUCGCUGAUUACAGCGACCUCGAACUCUAACAUGGGAGCUUUUUACUAGAUAAACUUCGUCCAUCAAGACAUGGCUGGGGCUUUAUUCCGGUAUGGAGUUUUAGUCGUAAUCUUGUUGAAUCUAAAGCGAUUAUCUGAAGGAAACGACGAUCUCCCUAAGGUCACCCRUACAMGYAAAUAUAAUUUGCUUGUUUCUGUUGAUACCAYUGACUACAAAUUGAGAUGCACKGUCAGUSGAGAAUCCGUUAGUCACAUCACUAGUUACAAAUGGUUCAAGAAUGGUAAAAUAGUCGUCACUCAGGGACGAUUCAGAGUUAGAGAAAACAAAUUUCUAAAAAUUCUCAAACUUGAAAGACAAGACAGUGGUGUUUACACAUGYAUUGUGUCAAACAAGUAUGGCAGCACCAAUGUCACUUAUAGACUCACUGUUAAAGACCCCACCCCUCCCCCUUUCAAUGGGACAAAAGGCACUCCACCAAAGUUUGUUAAUCUUCUUGCGAUGAAUCGUACCAGCCGUACGUACAGAGAAUCUGGUAAAGCUGCCUUGAAAUGUGAAGCGACUGGAUAUCCCCAACCUGUGAUAAAGUGGACCAAACCUGAUAAUCUCCACCUGCCACAKGAACGAAAUCCUUACRAUUAUGUACUAAAUCUAAGAACACUAGGKCCACAGCAUASUGGCUCUUACACUUGUAAUGUAUCGAAUACCGCUGGGUGGUUGACCUACACUUACAAAAUUAAUGUAAUCGGAAUUACACGUAUUGCUCCGAGGAUCAACAGUAUAACCAACAACCAAACAGUCACAACUGGAAGAAAAACUUGGUUAAUGUGCACUAUACUGUACAAAGAAUACGACGACACACUUAGGCUCAAUUGGUUUUUCCAAAAAAACGGUACCAAAGAAAAGGUAGACUCAAAGUUUUAUCGUAAUUCAACGUUACCAAAUCAUUAUGAAGAUGUCUUGCUACGAGUGGAGUUUAUUUUGGAUUUCCAUCGAGUGAAUAAAGACAACGAGGGAUGGUAUAUAUGUCACGCUGAGAACAAGAUUGGUCAUAAUACGAAGAGAACAUACUUGAGAGUAUUGGACCCAGUUGUUACAGACGAGCCAUCCAGCCCGGUCUCACCACUCCAUUCCGAAACCCUCACCAUAUCUUCCCAAUCACCUCAGMAAGUCAGUCAGUCAUCUGCGGACGACAUUGAAAUAGCAUUGUACGUAGUGGCCGCCAUAUUGGGCAUCGURAUAAUUGGUGGUGUAAUAUUUUACUUUCUUCGUAUGAAAGGAAAGCAAACGCCCAACGUAGAGUACAAACCCGAUUCCGAAACUGUCAACAUACUAUCCAACGGYCAAGUCCCAACUAACAAUCCCCCCAGACGAAACCCCUCUGUUUCGUCCUCUGGGUCAGCAGCCGUCUCUUUCCUACGUCAACGGAGUAUGCGCAGUCGUUUGGAGUCGAGGCUUACUCAGCUGUCCGAGAUUGAAAUUGCUUAUGACCCGUUAUGGGAGAUCGAGCGUUCUGAUAUCUUUUUACAAGGCGCUUUAGGUGAAGGUGCAUUUGGUAAAGUCAUGAAGGCACAAGUUUUUGGUGGUAAAGUUGCUUCGUCGGGACCUUUGACUGUAGCAGUGAAGAUGUUGAAAGAAGACGCAACAGAGGUUGAAUUUGGUGAUCUUAUAUCUGAAAUGGAAGUUAUGAAAACGAUAGGAAAACACAAGAAUAUUAUUAACCUGAUUGGAACUUGUACUCAAAACGGACCAUUAUUUGUGGUUGUUGAAUAUGCCAGUCAAGGCAACUUACGGCAAUACCUACGAGAUAGACGACCAGUCAGAGAAUACGAGGACGCUUUGAUGCCACCAGAAACGCUGACCCUGUUAGACUUGAUGUCAUUUUGCUAUCAGAUAGCAAAGGGGAUGGAUUACCUUGCGUCUAGGAAGUGCAUACAUCGUGAUCUUGCGGCACGAAAUAUCUUGGUUGCCGACGAUAAAGUACUUAAAGUGGCUGACUUUGGUUUAGCGCGGGAUGUCCACGAGAUGGACUAUUACAGAAAAACUACAGACGGGCGUCUACCAGUCAAGUGGAUGGCUUUAGAAGCGUUGUACGACCGCGUCUACACUUCACAAAGCGAUGUGUGGUCAUUUGGAAUUACCAUAUGGGAAAUAAUAACAUUUGGCGGCACUCCAUACCCUGGUGUUCCCUUGGAAAAGCUUUGUAUGCUUCUGAAGUCUGGAUAUACCGUCAUGCUGAAUUGCUGGAAAGACAAUCCUCAGGAAAGACCAGUCUUUGCCUCGCUCGUUGACGAGUUCGAUAAAAUGGUGACCAUGUUAUCAAAUCAGGAAUACCUGGACCUUCAGGGGCCAUUGAUAAGCCCCCUUUGUCCACGAAGUCCUUCAUCUGAGAUAACUAACCCCCUUAAAGAGUCCUCCUCCGUGUUUGGUAACAGCUCAGACGGUAAUGAGUCCGAAUCACGAAGCGACAUCACAUCAAAUAAUAGAGACAGCAAAACAUCGGACAAUUUAGUCACACUACUGGAGGAAGACGAGGCGGAUGAGUUUGAUCGACCACACAACGUAGCAAGCACUAAUUCAUAUGAAAAUCUCUGUGUAUCACGUGACCAGGCACUGAUGCCACUGUUAGAUGCUGAAGAUGCUGAUUUAGAUCGUGAUCAAGAAAGUAGUCCYAUUUCUGCGCAUUUGGGAGCCGAUUUUCCUAUGAGCAGUAAUACUUCUUUGMCAGGGUCAAGGAUUUCUAGAGAYUUUUCAAAAAGUAGUAACAUUUCCCUGCCAGGAUCUGGACAUUCUACGAGAAAUGCUUCRCAGCCAGAUUUUAUGAACAGUAGCAAUGUAUCUUUACCAGGAUCAGGAAACUCGAUCAGGAACUCGCAGCGAGACGUGGGCAGUGAUUCGUCUUUGAAUGAGGCAUCAAAAGGUCUUUUGAACGAUGAUGACGAUGAUGAUAUCUCACCAGAAUUWACUGGUGGAGCUAGUGGGAUGCAAAGAAGUCGAACUGAGUCUGUAGUGUAGUAACGUCCAGUUAUCCCCUCAAUUUGCGCAGCUUGCGGCUAGCUAGCAGUCAGUUCCAUCGUUCCAAGACAUGCGCGGGAGACAACAGAACAGUAAAGUAAUCUGUACGCAGCAGGCAGUAUGCAAAGCCGCCAUCUUGUUGCAUAACCUCAGCUUGUUCCAUACGCCAACAACACAGUAAACAUUCAAGUUCCUAAACGCAUAAAUAAGCUGUUCAAUGCAGUAUUACCAAGUCUGUGUUCUGUGAAAGCUGUAGUUUGAACUGACAACACGCAAAAUAAGCCAAAGAACUCUGCAUGCGAAAUUCACUUUCUUACGCACAGAUAGCUUGAUGUAUUUGGCACUGCUUUUGAUAUGGAGCAUCGGAAGUGUAAGGGAGAUUCGCCUGAAUGCAGAAAACAUUCCCUUCCUUUUGAUAAACAAGCGAGCAAAUAACUCGCCUUUAAAAAAGMCGACGACAACGACGAAAUGUAUACGAAGCAUUUCGGUCUUUUCACGGAACAUGCCCGAGUCAAUUCGUAGAAUUUAUAUAUUUUACUCYAAAGGAUAAUAAAAUCUAAAGUUACCAGCUCGGGCUGGAAUAUUUUAGAGUCGCCGUGCUUUGACACACAUUAUAUUAAUAUUUGAUAAAUAUUCACAUUGGUAGAGAAUAAAUAGAGAUUUUAUGCAUUA